AUGUUUGAGCGUCGCGCGGCAGAUCGCUACCACCUGCGAAUGCACCGUGCCCGCACGGUGGCACUCACCUCCGACGAGAUCGUGGAAGUCCGCGCCGCCCAGCGCACCUUCGAAGGGGCCUACGUCCGCACCGCCCUCUCGCAGUUCUCCUUCGCCCUCGUCGUCCUGAAGAUCUUUACCAAUGAGUUUUACAGCACGGGCGCGUUGUUCGCCAUCUACGGCACCGGCGUGCUCAUGAUCGGCCUCUACCGCCGCCAGCAGGGCAACAAGCAGUUCUUUUCGGAGCUCGGGGAGGAUGGGAUCAACCGGCACAAAUUUCGAACCAGUGGGAAUGCGGUGUUGAUCCUCACGGCCUUGAGUAUCGGGGCGUAUGCUACACUGAUCGGGCUUACAUUGAGGUUGAGAUAA